AUGUCGAAUACGCAGCAGAAAGCGCAGGCUCAGCUCGCGGAAUCCACGGCGGCAGUGCCGCAGACAACAGCCGCCCAGCAGAGCGAUAAUGUUGCCCAUGCGCUUGCUGGUGCCGGAGGAGGUCUACUGUCCAUGGCCUUGACAUAUCCCCUCAUCACCCUCUCCACGCGCGCACAAGUCGAGUCCAAGCGCGCGCAGUCCUCUACUCUCGAUGCCGCGCGUCGCAUCAUCAAGCGCGAGGGCAUUGCAGGUCUGUACGCAGGUCUCGACUCGGCCCUCUUCGGAAUCAGCGUGACCAACUUUGUGUAUUACUACUGGUAUGAAUGGACGCGCUCCUUCUUCGAGAAAGCCGCACGCAAAGCCGGCCGCGCCUCGUCCAAACUCACCACUGUGGAGUCGAUGCUCGCCGGCGCCCUAGCCGGCAGCGCAACCGUCCUGAUGACAAACCCCAUCUGGGUCGUCAACACACGCAUGACGACGCGCAAGUCGGAGGCCUCGGAAGACACACUGCCUGACGUGGCGACCUCCAAGCCCACCAAAGCGCCCUCGACGCUGGCCACGCUCUUCGCUCUGAUCCGCGACGAGGGCCCAGCGCGUCUCUUUGCAGGCGUCAUGCCCGCCCUCGUGCUCGUCAUCAAUCCCAUCCUGCAAUACACCGUCUUUGAGCAGAUGAAGCAGUUCCUCGAGAAGAAGAGGCGCGUCACACCCACCGAUGCCUUUUACCUCGGUGCCGUGGGCAAGUUGCUCGCAACCAGCAUCACCUACCCGUAUAUUACGGUCAAGAGCAGGAUGCACGUUGCCGGUCGUGACGGGCCGCGUGAGGACAUGUUGACGACCUUUAGGCGGAUCAUCAGGGAGGAGGGAUACAAGGGCCUGUAUGGCGGUAUUGGACCCAAGGUCACACAAAGCGUCAUCACAGCCGCGUUUCUGUUCGCCUUCAAAGACGCUCUGUAUGCGUAUACCGUCCAGGCCCGCAGGAAGCUCGCAGCGAAGAGGUUGUAG